AUGGCUCCCUCCAGAGCGCAAUCACAAGAUCGUCUUGCUCAAAGAUCUGAAAUUGACGACUUCCCAUCUCCUCGUCCCAAGCGCCGAAGAAUCUCGCAACCCAGUGAAGACCAAGAUGAAGACGAAGACGAAAAUGAUGCCCAUCAGCCGCCCACACCAAUAAAUCCAACGACCUCAUUGUCGAGAGUGAAACCCACUGUCCAUCACCUCCCUGCUUCAACUGCUGCCCCAAACGUACCUCCCACUGCAACCAACGCCUCGUCAUUUGGUUCCUUGAAUGUCUCACCAUGGCUCGUACACUCUCUGGCCGCAAUGGCAAUCCAGAACCCGACCGAGAUCCAACGAACAUGUAUACCACAGAUCCUUGCUGGGAGAGACUGCAUCGGCGGCUCAAGAACAGGGACAGGCAAGACGGUGGCAUUUGCGGUCCCCAUCCUGCAGAAAUGGGCGGAAGAUCCGUUUGGAAUAUACGCCGUAGUGCUUACGCCGACACGGGAGUUAGCCCUGCAGAUCUACGAGCAGUUCCAAGCCCUGGGCACACCGCAAAACCUCAAGACCGUGCUGAUCACAGGCGGCAGUGAUAUGCGUCCGCAGGCGGUGGCACUGUCGUCACGUCCGCACAUCGUGGUCGCGACUCCCGGACGCCUUGCCGACCAUGUCCUGAGCUCGGGGAAGGACACGACGAUUGGCCUAUCGAGGGCCAAAGCCGUUGUUCUCGACGAGGCCGAUCGUCUGCUCGCGCCAGGCUCCGGUUCGAUGCUUCCUGACAUCAAUACCUGCCUCUCGGCUCUCCCACCGUCCUCAUCUCGACUCACGCUUCUCUUCACCGCGACUGUGACGCCCGAAGUGCGGGCAUUGAAAGAUACCCCUCGCCCAAAAGACCGUCUGCCCAUCUUCGUGUCGGAGAUCACGGAUCCAGAGGAUCCCUCCUCCGCUCUGACCAACACCACCGUCCUCCCCUCGACCCUCUCACAAACCUACCUCCAGGUCCCCAUGACGCAUAAAGACGCCUUCCUGCACGUACUCCUCUCAGUCCCAUCAUUCACCAACGCCUCCCGAUCACCAUCCUCCUCCUCCUCCUCCCCCACACCACCAAGCAUCAUGAUAUUCACGAACCGAACGGCGACAGCCGACAUCCUGCACCGCACACUCCUCCAACUCUCGCACCCGGUGACAGCACUGCACUCGGAGCUGGCGCAAUCCCAGCGCAAUCGCAACCUCUCGGACUUCCGGGCACAAAAAGCACGGAUCCUGAUCGCGACGGACGUGGCGUCUCGCGGCCUGGAUAUUCCGGACGUGCGGUUUGUGAUUAACUACGAUGUACCACGGAACCCGACCGACUACGUCCACCGCGUGGGCAGGACGGCGCGUGCGGGAAGGCAGGGGACUAGCGUUACGUUCGUGGGCCAGCGGGAUGUCUCGCUUGUGCUUGCCAUCGAGGAGUAUGUGGGCGCAAAGAUGGAGGAGUGGGCGGAGGAAGGCGUCAAUGUGGAGACAAGGGUGGUCAGGGGCAGAAUCCUGAAGGAUGUCGCCGAGGCCAGGAUGGAGGCCUUGCGUGAUGUUGAGGGUGGGAAGGAUGUGAGUGGCUGGAGGAGGAAGAUUAAGAAGGAUCGCAGGAAACGAAUGCCCGCGUAG